AUGCCAGGCACGCUCAAUGCCAAGGAGAGGCGGUCCGCGGCUCGCAGGGAGCGCUCCAGCAACAGCGAGCAUUCCAAUGAGCUGUCGGCGAGAGAGGGUGAGCAGGCCGGCGAACGAGCCGCCGCCUCGGAUGCACCAGCCACGCGGCCUGAUGAACCAGCAACAAUUCAGCCUACUCCCGGCGGCCGGCCAUGCUACGCCGACCUGUCGUCCGACGUGUGGCUAGUGCUUCUCGAGCACCACCUCGACACCCGCAGCCUGUGUGCGAUCGCGCGCACGUGCAGUUUUCUCGCAGAGCUGACGUCGAGUCGGCGCUUGUGGGCAGGCCAGUUCCUGCGCAUGUUUGGCGACCGCAAUGGCAGCCUUCUGACCAACCGCUACGAGAGCGCGGGAGCCGACGCGCUCGCCGGUGAGCGGGAGAUCGACAGCAGGCGGCGAUGCUGUGUGAGCGAGGCAGCGCUGGGAAGCUGGCGGCGGCUGGGCGCGCAGCAGGCUGCACAGCUCCCGCUGCCGGAUAUGACCUCCGUCGCCCUGGAUGGCGAGCGGGGGCUGAGCACGCACGGCGGCCGGCUCGUGCGACUCUGGGCCGUGCGCAGCGGGCGCCGUCUCAGCUGCCACACCCUCCGGCACGCGCCACUCUGCUGCCACGCCGCCGGCGACCUCGGCGCCGUCGGCGACGGGAGCGGGGCAGUGCACGUGUAUGACCUCGCCGCCGACUUCGAGCCGACGUCGCGCGCCGCGCUGCCGAUCCGCCCAAGCAGCGUCCUCCUCCUCGCGGCGGGCACGGAGGCGUCGCUGGUGGCGAGCGGCGGCGAGGGUCAGAUCGCGCUGAGCCGCGCAGACGGAGGCGUCUUGCUCGGGCUGCGCGCGCUGCAGCCGGCCGUGCUGGUCGGCGCGUCCCGCGAGCUGCUCGACGUCUCGCUCGCGGCCGCCGGCGAGCGCGGCCAGCUCUACAGCGUGACCGCCGACGGCGGCGUCCACCUCCUAGACACGGCGCAGGGCCUCGCCGCCGUGUGGCGGAGCGGCGGCGGCGGCGGCGACGCGGCCGACGUCGACACGCUCGCGCACUCGUUUGCGGUCGAGGCGACGGUGGCGGGCGGGCAGCCGUGCCGCCCCGUCGCCAGCGCGAGCUACUCGGCGUGGUGGCGGCUGCUCGCGGCGAGCGCUGCGGGCGGCGGCGUCGCGUUGUGGGACGCGAGGGCGCCGCCGUCGAGUGGGCCGGCUGGUCUCGUGCGGGCGGAGGGUAGGGGCGGCUGCGUGCACCUCGACGACGGCGGCAGCUGUGGAGGGCAGCUGCUCCUCGCUCCGUCGGGCGGGCCGGCGAUCCUCGUCUACGACGUGCGGCGCGUGGGCGGCUCCGCCCCGCCGCCGGUCGUGGGUUCGAUCAGCCUGCCCGCGCCGCACCGGCUCGGGGCCCUCGCCGCCGACAGCCGCACCCUUGUCUGUGCCGGCGGGGCGGGGAGCUCGUGCGCGUUCCGGUGGGAGCCUCGCCGCCCGGGCGCGGAGGAGGCAGCCAACGACGACGACUCGCUUGCGGGGCUCUCCGUCGGAAAGCAGCGCAAGACGAAGCGAGAGCGGCAGGGCUCGAGAGGCGACGCCGCGACCAAGGUUCGUGGCGGACAAAAGGAGCGCGGGACCGGAAGGAGGGGGAAUGCGGGGUCGUUUUGA